AUGGUUGAAUUCAAAGAGUCCAUGAUGAAGGAAUUUGAUAUGACGGACUUGGGUAAGAUGAAGUAUUUUCUUGGUAUUGAGGUAGUUCAGUUUGAUGAUGGUAUAUUCAUCAGUCAUGCGAAGUACGUGAUGGAAGUAUUGAGGCGUUUUGGAAUGGAGCAUAGCAAUUCUGUUGAAAAUCCAAUGGUUCCAGGAUUCAAAAUCUCCAAAGAUGAAAAUGGUAUUGAGAUGGAUGGUUCAUUCUUCAAGCAGCUGAUUGGGAGCAUGAUGUACUUGACCGCUACGAGACCGGAUAUAAUGUAUGCAUUAAGCUUAUUAAGCAGAAGGGGAGGAAGUCAUGAGUUGAUUGGUUUUACUGGCAGCGAUUAUGUCGGAUCAGUGGAAGAUAGAAGAAGCAUCUCAGGCUAUGUUUUUAUGCUAAGUGGAGCAGUUGUGACUUGGUCUUCUCGAAAAUAG